AUGCGUGUCGCCGCUCUCAUCCCCUUUGCCCUGGGCCUCGUUGCCGCAAUUCCCAUGGGAGGUGACACUCCUCCCUUUGACCAGGUGAGGCUCGUCGACGUGAACUACGGUGGCUCUGGAUGCCCCGCAGGGAGCGUGGCCAAGUCUUUCAGUGACGCCCGCGAUAUUGUGACCCUCAUGUUCGAUCAGUACAACGUCCAGUCUGGUCCCGAUAUCAAGCCUGUCGAGCACCGCAAGGCUUGUCAACUCAAUGUCAAGAUGCACUAUCCUCAAGGAUACCAAUUCUCCAUCUUCCAGUCCACAGUGCGAGGCCACGUCAACCUCGCCAAGGGCGUCGAGGGCUACUGCAAGGCGACCUACUACUUCUCUGGAGAUGAGAAGACAGCCCAUCGAACUUUGUCCUUCAAGGGCCCGAUCAACGACGACUACACCAAGACCGACAAGUUCAACCUGGAGUCGAUCGUUUGGUCUCCUUGUGGCACGGAAGGCAUGCUCAACAUCAAGACUGCCAUCGAACUCAAUCCUCUGAGCAGCACAAAGGCUUCCCUCAUGACUCUUACUCGAACUCUACUCAAGGUCGAUUCCAACGAUCUUAAGGUUACCCAGAAGUACUAUGUUCAGUGGCGCAAGUGCAAGGGUAAGGGCCAGUAA